GUCUCCUACGUGUGAUCCCCAAGAACAAGGCAGGCAGAAGGGCUGGGGGGCCGCCCUGGGCAUCCAGGGGGCCGGGGGGCCAUGCCUCCUAGCGCCCUGUGAGCCGGGCACCAUGGCCCGCGCGCUCAGUGCGCUGUCCCGCGCCUGCUGCCCGUGGUGCCUCAGCGAGGACGAGCGCACGGCCGCCAGGAUCGACCAGGAGAUCAACAAGAUCCUCCUGGAGCAGAAGCGGCAGGACCGCGGGGAGCUGAAGCUCUUGCUCCUGGGGCCCGGUGAGAGCGGGAAGAGCACGUUCAUCAAGCAGAUGCGCAUUAUCCAUGGGGCUGGCUACUCUGAGGAUGAGCGCAAGGCCUUCCGGCCGCUCGUCUACCAGAACAUCUUUGCGUCCAUGCAGGCCAUGAUUGACGCCAUGGACCAGCUGCAGAUCAGCUUCAGCAAGCCCGAGAGCGAGCAUUACGCCAGCCUGGUUAUGAGCCAGGACCCUUACAAGGUGACCACGUUCGAGAGGCGCUUCUCCCUGGCCAUGCAGAGCCUGUGGCGGGACGCGGGCAUCCGGGCCUGCUAUGAGCGCAGGCGGGAAUUCCACCUGCUGGACUCUGCGGUGUAUUACCUGUCGCACCUGGAGCGGAUCACUGAGGAGGGCUACGUGCCCACUGCGCAGGAUGUGCUGAGGAGCCGCAUGCCCACCACCGGCAUCAACGAGUACUGCUUCUCUGUGCAGAAGACCAAUCUGCGGAUCGUGGACGUCGGGGGCCAGAAGUCAGAGCGCAAGAAGUGGAUCCACUGCUUUGAGAAUGUGAUUGCGCUCAUCUACCUGGCCUCUCUCAGUGAAUACGAUCAGCGCUUGGAGGAAAACAGCCAGGAGAACCGCAUGAAGGAGAGCUUGGCGCUGUUCCGCACCAUCCUUGAGCUCCCCUGGUUCCGGAGCACCUCUGUCAUCCUUUUCCUCAACAAGACUGACAUCCUGGAGGAGAAAAUCCCCACCUCCCACUUGGCUACCUACUUCCCCAGCUUCCAGGGACCCAAACAGGACGCGGAGGCGGCCAAGAGGUUCAUCCUGGACCUGUACAUGCGGAUGUAUACGGGCUGCGCGGACGGCCCCGAGGGCGGCAAGAAGGGGUCCCGUGCCCGCCGCCUCUUCAGCCACUACACCUGCGCCACGGACACGCAGAACAUCCGCAAGGUGUUCAAGGACGUGCGGGACUCGGUGCUGGCCCGCUACCUGGACGAGAUCAACCUGCUGUGACCCGGGGAACCCCCACUCCCCGGCCCCCUCCCCCCCGGGGCCUCCGCUCGGCUCCACCUUCCACCACCCGACUUCUGA